UUCUAUCCACAGAGGCAUUUUGGGGGUUCGCGAGGCAGAGAGACGGAGGUCGUGUGCGGGGUAGGGAGUGAACCCCAACUACGCAUCGGCCCACCCAACCCACACCCCUAUAUCCGGAGUAGGCAGAUGUGUCUGGAGGAAGAAUACUUUGGUAAAAUGCCUCCGGUCUGUGACGCUCGCAUCCCUCUCCCUGACAUUCCCUACCACGGCAACAGCGUGCAGACCUUCUCAUGGAUGAAGCGGCUGGGGAAAGUCCCCAAAGCUCCCAACACCCUGUACCGUGAGCCUCUGACGACAAGCCAGCAUUACGGCUGGUUCCUUCCCCGCCACCCAGAGGAGCGACUGGAGGUCCUGGAGCCAUGGACCCGGACCGCCCGCAAACCCCUCAUUCAGAGCGAAAUGACCAAGUUCCUCAGCCAGAUGAUGAGGACAGACCCAGGCUUCUGGCUCUUCUGAGAACUCAACCUCCUCCUGCUGCUGCUGCUGCUGCUGCUGUGCGAGCGGGAGGGGGAGAGAGGGAGAGAGGACAGGUCUCCCCAUCCUACACGCAAAUGUGUAAAGGUAUAUAAGCAGAAUAAAAGCCUGUCGCUGAU